AUGCGGCUGGACGAGAGGUUGGCGGACGCGAUCGCGUGUGAGAAUUUUGCGGCGGCGGCGAACGUGCGGGACGAGCUGCGCGCGCUGCGACGACGCGAUCCGCUGGCGCGGGCGGAGGACGACUUGGCGGAGCUGAUUUUGCGCGAAGACUACGAAAAGGCGGCGAGCGUGAAGAUGUUGAUCGAGGAACUCGAGCGAGACGCCGUCGUGGACGGGCUGUCGCCGUGCGAGAGCGAUCGCACGACGCGCGGCGUGCGCGUGCGGGUGAAAUCGCGAUGCGUGAUCGAUCGAAGCUCGCCAAAGGAAUCUAUGUGGUUUUUCCAGUACGUCGUGACGAUUACAAACGUCUCCGACUCCAGCGUCAAGUUGUUGAGUCGAAGCUGGUUGAUCACGGACGACGAGGGACGAACGGAAGCCGUGCGCGGAGCCGGGGUCGUGGGCAAGCAACCGACGAUCAAACCGGGCGCGAGCUUCGAGUACGCGUCGUCGACGCCUUUGAAGACCAAGCGCGGUACGAUGGAAGGCUUUUACAGAUUCGUCGCCGUCGACGCCGAGGAGGCGUCGCGCGCGGAAUCCGUGACGAUGGACCUCGCGCGCGAGGACGAUCCCAGCGCCUUCAACGUCGAGAUCGGCGUUUUCGGCUUGUCCGAAUCCGCGACGUCUUGA